GUCUGGGAGGGUUCCGUCCUCGACUCUGAGGAGGGUAUCCGAUUCCGUGGCAAGACCAUCCCUGAGUGCCAGGAGCUUCUCCCCAAGGCUCCCGGUGGCAAGGAGCCUCUUCCCGAGGGUCUCUUUUGGCUUCUCCUGACUGGCGAGGUUCCUACUGAGCAGCAGGUUCGCGACCUCUCCGCUGAGUGGGCUGCCCGCUCCGAUCUUCCCAAGUUCGUCGAGGAGCUCAUCGACCACUGCCCUACCGACCUUCACCCUAUGGCCCAGUUCUCUCUGGCUGUCACCGCUCUCGAGCACACAUCCAGCUUCGCCAAGGCUUACGCCAAGGGUAUCAACAAGAAGGAGUACUGGGGUUACACUUUCGAGGAUUCCAUGGACCUCAUUGCUAAGCUCCCCAACAUCGCUUCUCGCAUCUACCAGAACGUCUUCAAGGGCGGAAAGGUCGCUCCCAUCCAGAAGGACAAGGAUUACUCCUACAACUUCGCCAACCAGCUCGGCUUCGCCGACAACGCCGACUUCGUCGAGCUCAUGCGUCUCUACCUCACCAUCCACACCGAUCACGAGGGUGGUAACGUCUCUGCCCACACCACUCACCUUGUCGGCAGUGCUCUCAGCUCUCCUUUCCUCUCUUUGGCCGCUGGUCUCAAUGGUCUCGCCGGUCCCCUCCACGGUCUUGCUAACCAGGAGGUCCUGAACUGGCUCACUGAGUUCAAGAAGUCUGUCGGUGACGAUCUCAGCGACAAGGCCAUCACUGACUACCUCUGGUCCACCCUCAACGCCGGCCGUGUCGUCCCCGGUUACGGUCACGCCGUCCUCCGAAAGACUGACCCUCGUUACAUGGCUCAGCGUGCUUUCGCCCAGGAGAAGAUGCCCAACGACCCCAUGUUCAAGCUCGUCUCCCAGGUCUACAAGAUCGCUCCUGGUGUCCUCACCGAGCACGGCAAGACCAAGAACCCUUACCCUAACGUCGAUGCCCACUCCGGUGUCCUUCUCCAGUACUACGGUCUUACUGAGGCCAACUACUACACCGUCCUCUUUGGUGUCUCUCGCGCCAUCGGUGUUCUUCCCCAGCUUAUCAUUGACCGCGCUCUUGGUGCCCCCAUUGAGCGACCCAAGUCUUUCUCCACCGACAAGUGGGCCGAGCUCGUCAAGAAGCUGUAA